AUGUGUAUAGGUUCUGUCCAGAGCCUUUCACUAAAGAACAAUGAAAAUGUAAUUGAAUUGUGCUAUGUCAUUGGUCAGGUGGAUGCAAAGACCACAGCCCUGGCAAUGGCCAUCACCGACUCGGAGCUGUCUGACGAGGAAGCAUCCAUUUUGGAGAGUGGAGGGUUCUCCGUAUCCAGAGCUACCACCCCACAGCUCACAGACGUCUCUGAAGACCUGGACCAGCAGAGUGUGCACAGUGACCCAGAGGAGGCCUUCCUAAGGGACCUGCCUGAAUUCCCCUCAGUUGACGAGUUCCCCUCCAUCGAGCACAGCCUCCUCCACUUCCCGUUACGGGGCCCCAGUCAGGGCCAAGGGCACGGGGCUGCGGCUGGGGGAGGAGAGCCCUCGAAGGGGGAGCCCAUGAGCCCGGCCAGCCUCCUCAUCCAGCACCUGGCCUCCCCGCUCCACUUUGUCAACACACACUUCAACGGACAUAGACGGCCGCCAGGUGGGGACCAGGGACCACUGCUGGGGGCUGGGAGAGUGGAGGAGGUGGUGGAUGGGGGGGAAAGGGAGUCCCAGGCCCCGAGGCAGUCACUGGAAGCCCUGAGUGAGGAGAUCGUGAACACGGCAAUCUCCACCGUGGUGCAGAACACUCUGUCGGCCCUGUUGCGCUCCACUGAGGCCAGCAAGGGCCCCUCCAUUGCAGAUUUCCUGCCCACCAACACGCCCCCCAGCGCCCUGGAAAGCCCCCCCGCCCCUGUCGCCGAGACAGAGGAGGCAGAAAAGGACCAGGAUGCGGUCACUGCGGAGACCGAGGAGAGGAGUGCCGAGGAGAUGCCGGACGACACGUUUGUACCGACCGAGGAAGAGGACUUUGAGAUUUUGGACCAAAGUGAACUGGAGCAGAUGGACGAGGACCUGCUGGGUCUUCUCAGUCCUGAUGGACAGGGGGUAGUGGGAGUGGCCUCUCCCACAGACACACCCCCAUCUCCAACGCACCAACCGGAGUCCUUCUAGCAUCCUCAUCACCGCUCAUUCCCAACUGUUUUGUU